AUGGGCCAAAGCCUGUCCUCAAAGAUCGCCCCGUUCGCCAGUGAGAUUGGAGCCGCAGUACACCUGAGUCCAAACUCCAACGGCAUACUGAGAAGAUGGAGCAUCUAUGCUGAGGAAUUUGGAGCGAAUCCAAUGGACCGGCUCAUCGAACUUCUCCCAGACGGACAGAUCGUCAAGGACAUUGAUCUUAGAGAGCCAAACAAGCGAUGGCAGCACCCUUGGCACUUAGUCCACCGAGUCAACUUACAUGAAAGGUUGAAGAAGUUGGCCACUUUAGGGGAAGGAGAGGGGAUACCGGCGAAAUUGCACAUUUCAAGCAAGGUUACGGAUGUCGACACUUCUCAAGGGUUCAUUACGUUGGCGAACGGUGAGCGAGUCUCUGCUGAUGUGAUCAUCGGUGCUGAUGGCAUUUAUUCCGUGACGAGGAAAUACAUAAAGGACGCCAAACUGUUCAGCUCCGGCAAAGCAGCCUUCAGGUUUCUUAUUCCCAGAAGCGUCGCCGAAGCGGGCCCAAUAACGGCGUCCCUGGUAGAGCAUCACAACACACUGCGACUAUGGUUUGGAGACGACCGAAGAAUAGUCAUGUAUCCGUGCAAUAACAACAAGCUUCUCAACUUUGUGUGUAUUCAUCCUGAUACAGAGUCUCACGCUGCUAAACGCGAUGAAUGGAACAAGCAAGGUUCUGUAGAACAAGUGUUGAAAGUCUUCGAGGCUUUUGAUCCUGCAGUCAAGGCGCUCAUAGCGAAAGUUGACCCUUCAACGCUGAAAGUGUGGCCGCUUUUGGAUAUGGAACAAAUGCCAACCUCAACAAAGGGAAAAAUGGUGCUACUCGGAGACGCCGGCCAUCCCUUUACACCACGUGAGUAUACACUUCACCCGGCACUUUUCCCAGCCACUACUAACACAUCAAUGCAGAUCAGGGGCAAGGAGCAGGCCAGGCGAUUGAAGAUGCUGCAGCUCUGA